GUUUAGCAGCUCCACGGAGCAGAGCAGCGCCUCGCGGCUUCUCAAGCGCCACCGUCGGAGGAGGAAGCAACGCCCGCCGCGUCUCGAACGGACGUCGUCCUUCAGCAGCGUCACCGACUCCACCAUGUCGCUCAACAUCAUCACCGUCACCUUGAACAUGGAAAAAUACAACUUCCUGGGCAUCUCCAUCGUGGGGCAGAGCAACGAGCGGGGAGACGGCGGGAUCUACAUCGGCUCCAUCAUGAAGGGGGGGGCCGUGGCAGCCGACGGCCGGAUCGAGCCGGGAGACAUGUUGCUUCAG